AUGUUCACCCGCCUCCCCAGGCUUCAGGAGAUCUAUUAUGAGCCAUGGAGGGAUUGGGUUCCUGAAAACCCCUUGAUCACCCGCAAAGAAUUCGAGGCCCUCUUCACGUCGCUUGCCUCCAAGGAUUUACAGAAGCUUGUGGUAUUCGAGAACUUCCAUUCCAGCGUGCCUAUUAUUGACCCUGGACUUGGCCACAUAUGCGCGUUAAUUCGCGCAGCCAGUCGCAUGGCUGCCGAAACAAGUCUCAAGCUUGAACAUUUUUCAGGUUCAUUCCUCAUUGACGCCAGCGAAUUCUUUGCUAGUUGCAAAUCCUCUUGGACGUGGAGCAAGCUGAGAUCACUGACAGUUACUUCACAAAAACUCACUGCUGGAGAGGACCAACCCGCUAUUUCAGAGAUGCUUAGAAUAGCAGCGGCAGCAGCUAUGAAUAUGUCACGGCUUGAUACUCUUGAGAUCUGGAACGGAAAGUCGAAAUCAGCAACGCUUUUCAAGUAUCAGUCAAACAGGGGCCAAACAUAUGCCGCUUUAACGUGGAGAAGCACCUGGGGGUUCGUCAUCGAGCCUUCCGUCAUCCAGGCUUGGAUGAGUGUGGCAUACAAGCACGGCGCACGUGGGCUUACCAGCUGCACGGAACUGCUCGACGUCCGCGAUAAAGUCAAGUUCCACGGCGAUGCGAUUCGCUAUUUGCAGCUCUCACAGCCGGUGGCCCGGCCCGUGUCGCUGACGCAAAUCCGAGUGGAGCAAGUGAUUCACGACCAUUGGGAUAAGUGGCAAAAGAAACGGCGAAAGGAGUUCCUGGACCACAUGAUACGUGAGGCUGACCCUGAUAAUAGGGAGCACCAACAAGUGUUAGCAGAUCUGCGGGCAAGGUUCAGGGACGAUGAGGAGGAGGAGAGAGAGGGGAAUCAAAGCGACUGA